AAAUCAGCGAGGAAUAGAUAGAUUUUAUUAAUAAUUUUUCGCUAAAAUAUUAUGUUUUAAUUGUUAAUAAACAAACUAUACAUUAUGGGUAUUUUAGAGAAAAUAUCUGAAAUUGAGAAAGAAAUUGCUAGAACUCAAAAAAAUAAAGCUACGGAAUAUCAUUUGGGUUUACUUAAAGCCAAGCUAGCGAAAUAUAGAGCGCAACUGUUAGAGCCAACGAAGAAAGGUGAAAAGGGUGAAGGUUUCGAUGUCCUAAAGAGUGGUGAUGCACGAGUUGCUUUAAUUGGGUUUCCUUCGGUUGGAAAAUCAACUUUAUUAUCCACAUUAACGAAAACGGAAUCAGAAGCUGCCAAUUAUGAAUUUACGACACUAACCUGCAUACCGGGCGUUAUUGAAUAUAAAGGAGCAAAUAUACAACUAUUAGAUUUGCCGGGUAUUAUUGAAGGAGCAGCUCAGGGUAAAGGCAGGGGCAGGCAAGUGAUAGCUGUAGCUCGUACAGCCGAUUUGGUGAUAAUGAUGUUGGAUGCUACUAAACCCAAUGUGCAUCGGGAUUUGUUAGAACGCGAAUUGGAAUCGGUUGGUAUACGUCUGAAUAAACGUAAACCGAAUAUUUACUUUAAGCAAAAGAAAGGCGGUGGUCUUAGUUUUAAUGCUACUUGUUCCUUGACCCGUUGCAAUGAGAAAAUGGUUCAAACCAUAUUGCAUUCAUUUAAAAUUUUUAAUGCUGAAGUUCUUUUCCGUGAAGACUGUACCGAAGAUGAGUUCAUUGAUGUCGUUACCGCUAAUCGGGUCUAUUUACCUUGUUUAUAUGUGUACAAUAAAAUUGAUCAAAUUUCCAUUGAGGAAGUUGACCGGUUGGCCAAUCAACCUAACUCCAUAGUAGUCAGCUGUAAUAUGAAACUAAAUUUGGAUUAUCUUUUGGAAGCAUUAUGGGAUGCAUUACAAUUGAUUCGAGUGUAUACCAAAAAACCGGGAGCACCGCCAGAUUUUGAUGAUGGUUUAAUUUUGCGAAAGGGCGUCACUGUAGAACAUGUUUGUCAUGCCAUACAUCGUACAUUGGCCGCUCAAUUUAAAUAUGCCUUAGUCUGGGGUACUUCAACUAAGUAUUCACCGCAACGUGUUGGAAUUAAUCAUGUGAUGGCCGAUGAAGAUGUAAUACAAAUUGUUAAAAAAUGAUAAGAAUCCUGUUCAUAUUUAUUUUUUAUAUAAUAUCUUAGUUUCUACACUAUUCACUAUUUUGUUACGUAGCAUUACAAUAACAGGAUGUUU